UGUGUGUGUGUCAUAGAACUGCUGGUUGUAUAAAGUGCUGAGGAGAACACAGCUGCUCUUCAGUCAUGGAUAACUAUGAUAGUGGAGAAAACUGUUGUUUAUGGUGCGGAUUUUUGUCAUGUGUACAGCGGUGACUCACUAUUACAUCAGAGGUGAACAGUGAAAGUGAGAGUCUAUUAUGGCUUUAGGUACUGUGGUUAAAAUCUAAAUGUCCCUCUCCUCGUACAGAGCGUAGGUAAAAGCCCUGUCUAGUCCUGGGGAGCAGGUCUGAGGUUGUUUCUAAAGAAGCCCUGAGCUCAGUUCCAGCCUUUCCUGCUGUAGGGCUGCCUUAUCCAGCUGCUCCAAGUCUCAGGCCCAUGUUAACAGCGGAGCAGCUUUCCCCGUUGCGCCAAGGACGCGCGCAGCUGAGCUGCGGCUGGACUCCAAUUAUCGUUCCGUGGGCUGCCGCGAAGGACGGGAUCAGACACGCUGCAGCGGCUAGGCUGAGCCCGGGGCUGGCUGCUGUGCUACCGCGGGAGGUCCCGAGUUUCCUCCUGCCCUGGACGGCAGGGGCGCGUGGGGCCCCUGGCAGCGGGUGGCCUCUGCCUGGGGCGCCGUGCGAAGCAGCCCGGCACCGCAGCUGGGAGGCGGCCGGGGCGAGGCGGGGGUUUUCGGUGACCCGGUAGCGCUCCCCUCUCCACUCCCGCUCCCUGCAGGCCGGACAGUCACCCAGCGAGCUGGAGGCCGGGAUCUCCAGGGCCUGGCACCACCUGCCGAGAGCGAGCAGCGCCCCGGGGGCUCGCUCGGCCGCAGCCGGUGGGCGAGGCAAUGGCAGCGGGCAACGCCGGGCACUGGGGCCGCCUGGAGUCCGUCCUGCGCAGCAGCCUCCGCCUCCUCCGGGACAGGCGGGCCCAGGGGCCGGGGCAGGCGGCGGCCGCGGCCACAGAGCGGUCGAGCAGUGGCAUCCAGGAGGCUUGCGAAGAGGUUUGCGCCCUGCAGGCGCUGCCGAUUGAUGUGCAGUUAUACAUUAUGUCAUUUCUCUCACCUCAAGACCUGUGCCAUUUGGGAAGCACAAAUCAGUACUGGAGUUUAACUGUGCGGGAUCCAUUGUUGUGGCGAUAUUUUCUCUUGCGGGAUCUCCCUUCUUGGUCUUCUGUUGACUGGAAAUCACUUCCAGAUGUGGAAAUCUUUAAGAAGUCAUUUUCUGAGUUAAAUGAUAAUGCACUGUAUGACUACAUGACAAUAUACAAAAAGAGCUGUCCUCCGAGUAGACACUUGAAAUCAAGCCGUCCCACAUACGGAGCUCUGACUACCUUCCUUGUACAAUCACUGAUCACGCAAGCAGAACCUCGCUUUGCCCUUUUUGGACCAGGUUUAGAAGAGUUGGAUGAAUCUUUGGUGCGAAGAAUGAUGACUUGCCCAGAAAUUUUGCCUGUAGCUGGCUUACCUCAAAGACAAAUCCAUGGGAUUGGAUCAGGAGUCAGUUUUCAAUUUAAUAGCCAUCGAAUUUUCAAUAUUCUGACAUUGUAUUCAACUACCAGCAUGGAAAGGAAGAGAGCAAGAACAGAGCAAACUGUUACAGUCAAUAAGAUGUUUUACCAAGAAAACAGCAGAGGGGGGAAUCAACAAGCAGUACAGUACAAUGUAAUUGCUCAAGUUAAAAAGGUGUGCGAAGUAGUUGAUGGAUUCAUCUAUGUUGCUAAUGCGGAAGCUCAUAAAAAACAUGACCGUCAAGAUGAAUUUGCUCGUAUUUUGGCAAUGAUAGAUCCAACUCUUGGGCCUCCAAACAGACCUGUACUGAUUUUAUCCUGCACCUCUGAAGUUGGCAUUAAAAGAAUCCCCUGUGUUCACAUGGCACAUCAACUGCAAUUAAAUCUGCUAAGCCAACCAUGGAUGGUGCAAGACACUGUAGCUGCUACUUUAAGUGGACUGUUAAAUGGAAUUCAGUGGAUACUGGGAGAAGUUGAAUGUAAAAAUGCGCAAUGAUCAAACUUGCUUAGUCAUAGUAUAUAGACUUUGUCAUUUGCAAAGAGUAUGAAGUGAACAUUUCGCCCUGAUGUUGUACUGACCGAUAAGAGAUUUAAAAGGCAGCCCUCUGUGAUUGCAAAUAUUUUAAUAAUCAACAUUCUUCCAAAUAUAGACUUGAAUUAUAACUGAAAGCAAGUUUGACUGGAUAUCAACAUUUGACAAAGAAAGGGGUUUGACUUUUUUUUUUUAAUUUGGGGCCUUUAUCAUGCUUUUCAUUCUCAGCAUAUUCUAUAAUAUAAAACAUUCUGCAAAGAUUUAUCCCUGAUUAGCUUAAUGCCAGAACAACCCUCUCACGUAGGUGUACGUCAUGCCAGAUUUAUGAAGCAUACUACAUGGAGAUCCCUGAUGACAUAGGCAGCCAUCUCCUAUAUAGUGUGUAUUCCUUAAAUGGCCAACAAGAGAAGAGACAUGCCUUGUACCACAAUGUGCACAUAACUGAUCACCUACUGUGUCAGGUCUCCCAAAAGGGGCACAUCAUAUUUGAUAUUUGUUCCAGACACUGAUCCCAGACUAGCUCCCGAAAAGGAAAAAAUAAUUCUCUCUAGCACCAUUGUUUAGGGAAAAGAGGUAAACAUAAAGGGGAAUCAUAAAGCUUAGAUCAAAAUUUUUAAAAAUGAACAUUUGAUUGACGUUUUUCCUAUGUGUUCUUCAUGACAUUAAUAAAGCUUAGCUGUGUCUGCUUGC